CUGGUUUUUCGCAACAACAUCAGCAAACAUCACAACCAACUAACAACUUUACAACCAAUUCUAAUUUAAAAUGCUCAGCCAUCUCACCACCGUCACCGUGCUCGCGCUUGUUGCCGCGUCGGUCGCAUUUGCCUCUGCGGCGCCUGCACCUGCGGCAGUGUCCGAGGGCGGCGCUCAGCAGCCGCAUAACUAUGUCAGACACGCCUGUGCGCAUGCCCACGCUCAUGCUCACGCCCACGAAUAUGACAACGGCCACUUGGCCAAGCGUUUCGGCAGCUGGGGCGGGUGGAACAGCUGGGGCGGCUUCCCGUUUGCCCUCAACACUGUCAAUGCAUUUGACCGCAAUGCCUUUGCAGCCAACUUUAAUGACAACACAUUCUUUGCCAACAACAAUGCUGCAAAUGUCGUCAGUGAUAAUGUGAACGCACUUAACUCUGCCAACAUUAUUGCCUGA